AUGUCGGCACCGACGCCCGUGGCGAUGGAAGAGGCGAUGGAACUUGUCGCUGCUGCUGGCCGUGGAGGUCCACCCAAUUCUUCUUCGUUAACCGUGCAUGAUGAUGUUGUCUCGCUGAAGAAGCAGGUGUCGUCUGCGUUGCGGGACGGGGACGCACCGGAUUAUGCGAGCCGGGACAUUCUCGCGCUCUUGGCGCAGUACAUCAGUGUCGGGUUGAUGAUCGGUGCCAUGCAGCAGUUCAGUUACCCCAUCUUCAUUGCGUACUACCACAUGGAAGGGUCGCAGUUCAACGCGGCGACGGCGCUCAUGGGACUCGGGUGGUCCCUCAAGGUGUUUGUCGGCAUCCUCUCGGACUGCGCCCCGCUCUUUGGGUAUCGUCGCAAAUCGUACAUGAUCCUCGGGUGGAUUGCAUGUGGGUGUUGCAUGCUCUUCCUCGCGCUGCACGACCACGGGUCCCCGUACUACAUCAAUCGUGCCAUCGACGGCAUCCCCCUUGCAAAACUCACGCCUUUCCAACGC